UAGAACCCCCAGUUAGUGAGUUGGAUUCGUCGUUUAUAAAAAGCUCACAAAGACAUUGCAUCGACAGUAUUAUUCGGCAUAAUGAAAGUUCUGAUAUUCUUAGCUUUUGGUUGUUUAACAGUUUACGCCUCUACAUUAAAAGAAGCUGACGUACCCCGAGUCCAUGGUGAAAAUGGUUGGUAUGUACCACAAGAAGAUGGUUCUUUUAAUUGGAUUGACAUGGACAAAGCCGAAUCAUAUCUCAGCGCUAUGAGAAAUAUUGAAGACUUUGAAUUGACUACCACACCUGUAAAAUAUUAUCUAUAUACCAAAUCGAAUCCUACUAGUGGUGAAAGAAUUAAAGCCGAUGCCGAAUCUAUAAAUGGCUCUAAGUUUAAUUCCUCACAUCCUACCAGGUUUGUCAUACACGGUUGGACACAAAGUUGGCUGUCGGGUAUGAAUAGGGAAAUACGUGAUGCCUGGUUAAGUGUGGGUGAAUACAAUAUUAUUAUAGUCGAUUGGGCUCGUGCUCGUUUGGUUGAUUAUGUUACCUCUGUUUUGGCUGUACCCAGGGUGGGCGAGAAAGUGGCCAGCAUGGUUGAUUAUUUGGUAAAAGAACAUGGCAUGUCUUUAGAUACCUUAUAUGUUAUCGGUCAUAGUUUGGGUGCUCAUGUGGCUGGUUAUUGUGGCAAGAAUGUUAAAACUGGUCAAGUUCACGCAAUUAUAGGUUUGGAUCCUGCCUUGCCUCUAUUCAAAUACGAUGAACCCGAUAAACGUUUAAAUAGUACCGAUGCUUUCUAUGUAGAAUCUAUACAAACCAAUGGUGGUAAAUUGGGUUUUUUGAAACCUAUCGGUCGUGGUGCUUUCUAUCCUAAUGGUGGCGAAUCUCAACCCGGCUGUCUUUUGGAUCUUACUGGUGCCUGUUCUCAUGCUCGUUCCUGUAAAUAUUAUGCCGAAGCUGUUGCUGAAGAUAACUUUGGCACAAUGCUUUGUGAAAAUUAUGAAGAUGCUGUUGCCAAAAAUUGUGGUGAUAGUUUUAGUUCUGUACGCAUGGGUGCUGAUAGAAAUGCUUUCAUGGUUGGUGGUGACUUCUAUGUACCAGUGAACAAAAAGGCUCCUUUUGGUAUGUUGUCUUAAGUUGAGGAAAUAAAUGAAAUUGCUUGUUUAAAUUAAAA